AUGGAGAAAGCGAAAUCAACCAGAAUUAAACAACACCUUCAAUCAUCUUACAAAGCAAAGGACAAGGAAGAAAAGCGUAGUGUGAGGGCUGACAGGCGGAAAGACUGCUCCAACCACACCUUUGAAAAUGCGACAGGAUGGGCAGAGGCAGAGAAUGGACAAGGAUACCUGAAAGCACUCGAGAGACAGGAUGGAGAAAACCCAAGACUAUCAAUAGCAUUACCCCUUGGACAAGUACGUAGAAGUGUGCAGAUUACAUUCUGGUGGGAAUAUCAAGAUUUGAAUCGCAGCUCCUCAAAUCCUGAUUUAAUUCAUGCUCCUUCUCCCCUGGAUGUAUCCGUAUGUGGAACAGAGACAACCUACAAACAGAGUGAAAAGCCAACACAAAAUUUACGCUACCAAGAAUCAAUUAAUGGAACAUGUAAUUCAACGCAAUUAAAUGUUAUGUUUGUUGCCAAUUUGGUUUUACACGGUAGCUUUGUUUUGCUGCAUGAUACCUUGACGAUCUGUGAAUUACACUCUGAUUUCCCAUCCAGUUCACCAACCACGACACUUACAACACUUUCGCCAAUCACGACACUAAUAAAAAGUUCGCCAACAACGCCACUUACACCAAGUCCUACAACUUAUUCAACUACCUCCGCUCCAACUCAUUCUUCAAAUAGUCCCAUAUAUAAUGGUAUUUCAACUAGACAUACUCCUAAAACUAGCUCUAAGGCCUAUCCUUCAAGCUAUCAUACAACUACGUCUGCGACAGAAGUGUUGACAACAGCUGGAGAAGAGAACUCUAUGGAUGAAUCAAAUUUCGGUUCUAUUCUAAUUGGUCUUGUUUGUGGACUCGUCAUAGCCGUGGUUGUGAUGGUAAUAUGCUUGCGCCGAAAAAGGAGCCCCAGAUCAAAACCUGCAUCUCCAGAACUAUCAGAUAGAGACGAUGAUGGCUUAGAAAUCAAUGAACUUUACAUACCUUACGUACCGUCAACCACAGGUGUACCAGUCAGCAAUGACCAUUGUAGCUUUACUCCAGAUACCCCUAUUAUUCCUAAAACUAACUUAUUAGACAAUAAAUCUAAUAUCAUAAAAGAGAAUCGACAGGCUGGUUUGGAUGGAAGUUCUGAUCCGGACGUAACAACAUCUGACGCCAUCUUCUACGACACUAUUGAUUCUCGUCGAGAUGAGGAUGAAGUCUUCCUCGAUCAAGGAAAUGAGUAUGCAUAUAUUGAUGAUGUUGUUGCCAGCACCCUAGGAAGUCAGCUGUCAGGCAAUCAUGACCCUACUUAUUAUAUUCUCGAGAAUCAAUCCAUCAAGGAAAGGGAUGAAGGUUUACCAAUGGAGAAUGAGUACGAGGAUGUAGAUGGGAUCGAUGUCCACGUCUAGUGCAUUGAUAAUAACAUUGACAAUCCUACUCAGCGGCAAUCGUUCUUAUUCCAUUUUGGUUUUAUACAAGCAGUCGGUCAACAUCUUGCAUAGACUCAUACCAUGUGAGGUUUACGAUCAGAUACGGUCUAAUUGCUCUUCGUCUCCGCUAAACUUGGACUAAUGAAUAACAUGACUUAC